AUGACCUCUUCAUUAUUAUCACGGUUUAGAAAUACAAAUGAGUACGUUGCAUCGCCAGAUACCUGGUUGAUCCCUGAAGAUAUUCCAAAGGAUGUUUAUGAAAAUUUACUCGAUGAGCUACCUGAACUACGAGAACAAUUUGAAACUAAUGAUAAAAUAAGAAUAAAUGACGAAACAGAAAUGGAUGAUUCCGGAAGACGUUUUAAAUUUUUGCCUUUUAUUGGGCAUUUAGGCAGAAUCGCAUCUUCAACCCGCUCUUAUAGAUAUUGGAAGAGUACUAAUGGUUCUGUAUUCAAUUUCACAUUCCCAAAAGACAUUUACACCACCCAUCCCAAUGUUUCUGAAACGAUUACAAAUGUUACUGAUGACAUCGCUCCAAAAACAUCACCUUUUACUUCAAAACUUCCAUCACCAUCCUCAUCUACUAUACCUGCAGUUGAUUCUCAUAUUGCAGUUCCAAAUAUUACAACAUUUGCUGCUGGAAUUUUAACAAAGACACGAUCUAUUCCAAGUAUUUGGGAUGGAGACGUUAAAAUACGCUGCUUUUGGUGUGGAUUGAAUGAAAUUGAUAUUCCGAGAAAUCCGAUUUGUCAUGACGCAUUUCAGUCCUUGGACUGGCGUGUUAGAUUUAUGGCACGUUAUUUUCGUGCCAGUCAAAAUCAGAAAACCAUUCCGUUCCCUUUUAGCCUGGAAGUAACAGUGAGGCUGUUCGCCUUAGCAGAAGCAGAUUUGAGAUGGUGGUACCUCGAGUUCUGCAUGCGUCUCUUUAAACGAGAGGAAGGGAAGGGCCCUUUGCAUGCAAUGGUGUGGCUACCUAUGGCGGCCAAAGGCUGGGGUUUAAAGGGAUUUCAUUUCUAA